UUUCGCUAAUCUUCAAUGUGUUUGGUCGUGUUAUCAGACGGGAUAAUUUUGGAGGAAUUCCCCACAUUUGUCGGGCCAGUUCCCUACCCCCACCCCUCUGUGGCCUCGUGUCCCGCCCCCUCUCCUUUCUCCCCAGCUGCUUCAGUCAGCCGCUUCGCUCGCGUCGCAGCCAUUUUACGGUGGAGCGUCAGCGCGGCGGCGACCGUAGGACGCCGAGACGGCACGGUGAAGAGGAUUGCUAACAUGGCUGCUGGAGCGCGAGGUCCUGCGGUCGGCCGGCCUUUGGAAUUUGCCAAUGAGGAGCAGCGGGCGGUUCACUCUUGGUGCAGAAUCGAGUCAGCCGGCCACAGUGUGCUCCUGGAAGCGGUAAAGAUCCUUAGCCCCAUGUCCCGGGAUCUCUCCAGCACCGAAGAGGUCGUCACCUUCCUGCAGGAGCUGAGUGAGGAGGGACACAAACCCACCGUGCUGCGUAGCAAGGACGUUUAUGGCUACCGCUCGUCCGUAAACCAGCCCCUGACUGUGGACAUGCUCAAGCCGCCCAGCCGGAAUGUCAGGCCGAUGGCCAAAAAGCGGCGAAGGGUUCGCGUUAAGAAAAGAGAGGUGCACCCUUCCUGGAAUGUCUUUCGAAGGGGAAACCCCAGAAUCCAGGGGGUUCCACCUCCGGAGCAACUAACGGACCACCACACUGUUGUCUACAAUAAGACCCCCGUAAGGACUUUGGAGAUCUCUGAGGCGCUGCCGAUGCAGUCGUGCCUCAGACUGACUAAUAUCAAAGGGUUGUCUGGUUGCCACACGGCCAGACUCCAGAUCCAAACCACAUGGGACUUACCCUGCAAGACACCUCCAGCUGUCUUUUUGCAGAAGCAGCCACCUCCAGCACUUUCAGGAAUACCGUUGCAGCCUUCCCAGAAUGGUGGCGGGGCGUCCACCAGAGCCGUUGCCUUGUUCAGCCAGAAGAGCCUGUCUUGCCCCCUCCGACUGGAUGGCGCACUCAUUGGCGACUCUGCACCCGUGUUCUACGCCAACGGCCGAGCUUUCCCACAGACUCACACGGAGCAUACCAGCAACGGCUGGGAUGGCAACGUCCUUCGCCAGAAUGGACAAGGCCCCAAAGAACUGCCACAUCCGACACGGCAGAGAAACCGCGGGCGAGACAAGACGCUCUUGGGGUCUAAGAUUGUGAAAGUGGACGACUCUCGCUCGGUGGACGAAGCCCGAUGUAAAGCUCAGAAAAUCCUGCAGGUCAACCUGUCUCCCGUGAUCCAAAUCCGCCCGCUGAACCACGCGCUGAGAGACUUCCGACACCAGAACUCAAACUGACAGUCCCUCCGAGCUUACGCGUUGCUUUAAUCGGGUCAUUGUCUUACACAUCUGUCAGUUUCUACCGGAAUACCCCUUUGCAGCAACAUUCUGUCAAGGUUUUCAUUUAUGUCUGAAGUGUGGCAGGUCAGUUCUGAAAGUUUGGGUUCCUCCAAAGGCAUUCGAAGUAGGGAGUUGCUUUUCCUAGCAGGCUGGGAAAUUCCUUUCCGCUGAAUGUUGGUUACGUUUCCAACCUCUGCCCAAUUCUGUAUUUCCAAGGGAGUUUUCGCAUUGCCAUUUCUUGUGGCCUAAAUAUUUUAAACUCACCGUUCUUUGGAAAGUAUUCUCAUACCCAGUUGAAGAAUACGACCAUUUGGUUUAAGGAUGGAAGUCAACACUGUGCUUCCGUAAAAAACGAAGAACACAAAGAGGUGCCGGCGGGUCUCCCAAUAAAACAAGUAUCGUAAAUCCUAGCAAAACUUGAGUUGGUCUUCCUUUUUUGUAGAGUUGUCAUUGGGCGGUAAAGGAGGGCAUCGGGAUCUACGUCAGUGGCACUGAUGGGGUCCAAGUAUCUGUCCUUUGCAACGUGUUCCUUUUUUGUUCCACGAGGAAACAGACACUGUAGGUAGUACUUUGGCGAGGGUGCGGAAUGUGGUGCAAAAGCUAUAUACAAAUGUUUGCAAAAUAUGAAGUCACCCUUUUGGUAUAAAAAACCUGAAAUCUGUUUGCUAUAAUUGAUCAGAGGUGAAGACGUUUCCUCCUGUCCAAACCAAUCUGAUGACAUCUCUACCACUCCCCUCCACACCAUUUUUUUGGACCAUCAAAGUUGACAGAGGUUUUUGCUUAAGAGUCUGUUUUCCGCUGCUCACCUCAAAUUUGAUUCUUAUUUUUUUAAUACCUAUCUUUGUUCAUUUUAUUUGUGAAAUGCGUGUAAAAAAAAAAAACUUUUCCUACGUGAGCUUUCAAAAAGUUUUUUGUUCAAUAAAACUGUUCUGAAAA